AUGGCUAUCGCGCACGCCCGAGCCCGCUCUCUGUCUGCGGGUCUUUGGCGCUUUGACAGGGAGUUUCAGCCGUCGCCUGCCGAAGAGGAGGACGGCUUUGGCCCCCCAGGGAAAGGCUUGCUUCGUCUCGUCUGGAACGUGUUGCGACGCCGCUCCGUGCAAGUCGUUGGCGUGGCGGUGCUUGCGCUCAGCUUUUUCAGAAACGGGUUGGAGCGGAAAGGCUCUGGUAAAGCCGGUGGCAUCCUGCAUGGCAACGGGGUUCCCAACGCACCCGAACGAUACGUCCGCAGCAAGGAUCCCGCAGUGACCAAGAGCCAGCAAAAAAGCGAGCGGGAGAAGAAACGUCUGGAAAAAGAACCAAAGCAAGAGACGGAGCGGGCGGAGCAGCCGGGACUGCGACGCGGGAAGGAGUCGUCUACACCCUUUCCUUUGGCGGGAAAGCCCGUGCCUCUGCUGGACUCGGAGGCUCCCGUCCCGGCGCCCGAGGGGGUUCAGGAGGAGGGUAGCGGCGCCGUGGGUGCGCCAAGCAGUGAGAAGGACGCGGGGGAGGAGCCGUUGGGGCCUAGGCCGGAUACAGAGAAGGGAUUUGGCGCAGGAAAGGAGCAAGGGUUGGCCAGGAAGGAGGCGCGAGGGGGCCUCUGGGCUCUUUCGGGGUGGGGCGGA